UGCAGUCCUUGCACGAGUUGUCCAUGCAGGCCUUGGGCGAGCUCAUGAGAGGCCUCCUUGAAGAAGACCCCACUGAGAGCUGGUGCAUGGAGAUGUUCCACUUUCUUGAGCCAUGGCUUUCAGCUGACAAGGAGUGGGAGAGGGACAGGGCCUUGCAGGGCAGCGCCCAGCUGCUUGCCGCCUGUCGAGAGGCCGUCUACUGCAGACUGCAAGAGCCCUUCGGGAAAACCGGGUACCUGCUGGGGCUGCUGGCACCCUACACCUGCGCCUCUCUGGGCACAUCCCGGCUGUGGGCUGCUGACUGCGUUGCCUGCCUGCUCCCCAAAGAAGCCAAGGUACUGUAUCAGACAUCAUUAUGGCCCUCUUUCCUCCUUAUUUUUAUUCCAGAUCAGUCCAUGGGCAUGGAUGCAGCGGAGGAGGAGCUGAGGGGUAUCAGGGAGGAGCUGAAAGCCUCCACCCCCGAAGUUGUGCUUGUAGCAUCCUCCCGCAUGGCCAAGGUCCUUGGAAAAUAUUUUCCAGAAAGCCAGACCCAUGAGUUUAUGGAGACCCUGCUGAAUGGCAUGCUGAGAGCCAGCCCCACAUGUGCCACGGCAGGAGGACAUUGGCUCCUCAGCAUCAUCAAGGAGCAUGGAGAGGCCCUGCUGGAGGAGGUGCCGGACAUCCUGGGCACCAUAAUGAUGCACAUGCCCGCUAUGCAGGAAGGGUGCAUGAAGGGUUUCCUGCUGGAAGCUGUGGCCAGUCUAGCAGGCUUCCAUGUAGAGGCCGUCACCAGCAGCCUGCUUUGUAGACCUCUGCCCAUGGACAGUGACACCUCUGAAUUGUGGCGGGCGAUGGAUGGAGGCAAUGAUUUCUCCGUCCACGUGCUGCAUUUGUUCCUCGCCAAGCUGGACCAUCGGGCUGAGACAGAGAGCAGCUCAGCGGAGGACACCGCAGCAUUUGAGCCACUGGCAGCAACCUGUGCUGCUCUGGAAAUCAUCAGCACCCUGCAGUGUGGCCAAGUGCUGAGGGACAUGCUCCCAGCCAUGCUGCGUGCUCUUGUGGAGCAAACGAGCCACACCAUGGGGCAAAAAAUGCCAGCGCCCGGCGGGAGCCUGUGCAGCAUAACGGAUGGCCAAGUCCACGUAGUGGGCAACCCUUGCAGGCUUUCCAUGGAGACCCUGGCCUGUGCCAUUUCGAAGGGCAUAGGGGAAAGUGUGGCCGCAUCCCUGUGCAAGGAGGGAACAUGGCCCUUGCUCGAGUGCCCAGAGACACACCACGAGGGGGUGUGCCAGCUGGCCAGGGCUCUGCUGCCGUCGGGCAUGGUAACGCCCAGUUUCAUCAGGGAGGUCCUCAAAUGGGUGCGGGCUGGGUCACCAAAGCUGAGGCUCACAGGGACAGCCUUCCUCAGCCAGCUUAUGAGUGACCCGUCCAUUCAGGACGAGGAGCUGCUGAACUCAGCCCUUCUUCUGCUGGCGGAACGAGCCAAGGACGGCAAUUACACCGUUCGGCAGAUGGCAGCCAGAGCCCUGGGGAACGUGGCACAUGGUGCCCCUGUGCAGGUGAGGUUGAAAUCCCUGUGCCGUGUCUGGACAGGAGUUUGACCGUAGAGACCGGACAAUGAGGCAGGGCUG